AAAUGGCAGCAAAGGUCGAUGAUAAGUCCUCUGACAUACCAGAGAGACUAUACGAUUCUACCAAUAAUAAAACCUACAAACGUAUGCGAUUUUUUGGAAAGGGUGGCUUUGCAAAAUGUUACGAAAUCAUCGAUGUCGUUACAAACGAUGUGUAUGCCGGCAAAAUUGUUUCGAAAAAACUCAUGAUGAAACAUAAUCAAAAAGAGAAAAUGACCCAAGAAAUCACCAUUCAUCGCAGUCUGAAUCAUGCAAAUAUUGUUAAAUUCCAUGGGUUCUUUGAGGAUAGCUUUAAUAUUUAUAUUGUGCUGGAGCUGUGCAAGAAAAGGUCCAUGAUGGAAUUGCACAAACGUCGAAAAACCAUCACCGAAUACGAAUGCCGUUACUAUAUCUAUCAAAUCAUACAGGGUGUAAAGUACCUGCACGAUAAUCGUAUCAUUCAUCGUGAUCUGAAAUUGGGUAAUCUCUUUCUCAAUGAUAUGUUGCAUGUUAAAAUUGGCGAUUUUGGUCUAGCCACUCGUAUCGAAUAUGAGGGUGAACGUAAACGUACCCUGUGCGGCACACCCAAUUAUAUUGCUCCGGAAAUUCUCACCAAAAAAGGACAUUCCUAUGAAGUGGAUAUUUGGUCAAUUGGUUGUGUUAUGUACACCCUGCUAGUCGGCCAGCCACCAUUCGAAACGAAAACCCUCAAAGAUACCUAUUCAAAAAUCAAGAAAUGUGAUUAUCGUGUACCGAGUUAUUUGCGUAAAUCGGCAGCCGAUAUGGUCAUAUCAAUGUUACAAUCGAAUCCCGAAAAUCGUCCAACAAUUGGUGAUCUCUUGCAUUUCGAAUUUUUGAGCAGUUCACCGGUGCCGAUGUUUUUGCCCAGCUCCUGUCUGACAAUGGCACCACGUCUUGAGCUGAACGAAACAAUUGAUCACGAGAAUGCUCAACGUAAACCGUUGACCGAGUUUAAUGGCAUCAAGGAUGAUACACGUUUGGAAUCGACAUUUCUUAAGAAUAAUCUGCAUGAUGCUAUCACGGCAUCGGCACAAGUUUGCCGACAUAAUGAAGAUUAUCGCAGUGAUAUUGAGAGUUUGUAUCAACAGCUGACCAAUUUGAUUAAUGCCAAGCCUCGUCUUCUGCAAGGCAAUUUGGGUGAUGAAAAUACCGAUCCUGCUGCUCAACCCUUGUUUUGGAUCUCCAAAUGGGUGGACUAUAGUGAUAAAUAUGGUUUCGGUUAUCAGCUAUGCGAUGAGGGUAUUGGUGUUAUGUUUAAUGAUACCACCAAACUUAUACUACUGCCCAAUCAAAUCAAUGUCCAUUUCAUCGAUAAAGAUGGCAAAGAAUCGUAUAUGACCACCACAGAUUAUUCCAAGGCCUUGGAUAAAAAAAUGAAAUUACUUUCGUAUUUCAAACGUUACAUGACCGAACAUUUGGUCAAAGCGGGCGCAAAUAAUGUCAACUUUGAAUCGGAUCAAAUAUCACGUAUGCCACAUUUACAUUCAUGGUUUAGGACCACAUGUGCCGUUGUUAUGCAUCUAACAAAUGGUACGGUACAGCUCAAUUUCUCCGAUCACAUGAAAAUUAUUUUGUGUCCCCGCAUGAGUGCCAUUACCUAUAUGGAUCAUGAAAAGAAUUUCCGUACUUAUCGUUUUUCCACAAUCAUCCAGCAUGGCUGUUCGAAGGAUUUGUAUCAGAAAAUACGCUAUGCCCAUGAGAAGCUAAGUAAAAUGCUGGAGAAGAUGUUCUUCUAG